GGGCGUGGCGGGGCACGGCGGGCGCGGGCGGAGGCCGGGAGGAGGGGCGCACGCUGUGGCGUCGGGUGUUUUGGUUUGGAUUUUUUUUUUUUUCCGCGAAAGAAGUUUGCUUUGGCCACGCCUCAAAGCGACUGCCUCCUCCUGCCCCCUCCUCCGCCCCUCCGCGCACACCUCUUGGUGCAGAUUGCAAAGCGCCUUCCGUUGAGAGAGCUGCAGAUUUUGCAAGAGCCAGGUUCACCCACCUUGUAGAAGGAGCGCCUUGCAUCCCCUCGUACCCUCGGAUGCAAACGGCCGGCCGCCUGAUUUGGUCACCCCCUCGCCCAGACUGCAUGAUCUCCCGGGACCCUCUUGAGUUGCACGUUUUUGCACCGAGGACAGCAAAUCCCCAUCACUCCUAGGAUUUGCAGCGUUCUGGAUAUUGGCGGCUUGCAAGAUACGCUCGCCCGCCCCUGGGUAGACACUCGUCCGAACCACAGGAGUGUGCCCGUGACUGGCAACCCAGCCUUCACCUCUCCAUGAGCCCGUGAGCCUGGGGGCAGGUGCCCAGCGAUGGCGCGGCCAGCGAAUGACAGGACCCCGGCCCCCUUGCUGCUGAGCGGCCCGGCUGGGGCCCCUCCUGGUGGGGGAGCUCUGCUUGGGCUGCGGAGCCUUCUGCAAGGGACCAGCAAGCCAAAAGAGCCGGCCAGCUGUCUCCUGAAGGAAAAGGAGCGCAAGGCGGCUCUACCAGCAGCCACAGUCCCAGGGCCGGGCCUGGAGACGGUGGGCCCGGCGGAUGCCCCAGCUGGGGCGGUGGUGGGCAGCGGGUCCCCGCGGGGGCGCCCGGGUGCCGUGCCUGGCCCGGGUCUGUUGGCACCGCUACUGUGGGAACGCACACUGCCGUUCGGCGACGUGGAGUACGUGGACCUGGACGCCUUCCUGCUGGAGCACGGACUCCCGCCCAGCCCGCCGCCCCCCGGUGGCCCGUCACCGGCGCCCUCGCCCGCGUGCACCCCUGCACCCUCCCCGGGGCCAGGCUCCUGCGGAUCGGCUUCCCCCAGCUCUUCGCCCGGGCACGCCCCCGCCCGGGCUGUCCUCGGGGCCUCCGGCGGCCACCGCGCAGGUGCGGCGAAGGGGGCGGGGCUUGGACCCCUAGAGGGCCUGACCUCUCGGGACACACCUAGCCCUGUGGACCCAGACACGGUGGAGGUUCUGAUGACCUUUGAACCCGACCCUGCUGAUCUUGCCCUGUCAAGCAUUCCCGGCCAUGAGACCUUUGACCCUCGGAGACAUCGCUUUUCAGAGGAGGAACUUAAGCCCCAGCCAAUCAUGAAGAAAGCAAGGAAAAUUCAGGUGCCAGAGGAGCAGAAGGACGAGAAGUAUUGGAGCCGGCGGUACAAAAACAACGAGGCAGCCAAGAGGUCCCGCGACGCCCGGAGGCUGAAGGAGAACCAGAUAUCAGUGCGGGCGGCCUUCCUGGAGAAGGAGAAUGCCCUACUGCGGCAGGAGGUGGUGGCUGUGCGCCAGGAGCUAUCCCACUACCGCGCUGUGCUGUCCCGCUACCAGGCCCAGCACGGGGCCCUGUGAGGCCACCCCCUUCCCCCACCCAGCAGAGCUGUCCUCUGCCUUGCUCAGACUUGCGCCCUGACGCCCUCUUCCCCAACCACCCUGUGGCCCAACGGCCGGCCAGCUGGGUGCCCCAGGGACGUGAUGAUGCAGAUAAAUACAUUUAUAUUUUUAAGAAAAAGCGGCCUCCCCGCUCCCUCGCGGGGGCGGAGAGGAUCCUCUGUGUGUGCCCCCGGCACGUCGAAGACCCCAUCCUCCCAACGCUUCCGUUAACACUAUCCUGAAUAAAUCUUGAGA